CAGCAGAGGCUGCAGUGUCCUAGUGCGGACUCUGGGCGCCGCUGUUGGCCAAAGUGGAGAGCUUGGAGCUACUGAUCUCCUUGCGCAGCCGCAGCGUACUUGCCCCAGCUCAGACUCGCUAGUGCGAGCCUUUACACCGCUUCUUCCUCUGGAAAAGGAGAAACUCUGACCACUACGAAGGAAAUAAAUCCUGUUCGGAGCUCCGGACAUCUGCAACGCCGAGAUUAUUUGUAAUCUGGCGUCUCCAGGCCGGUGAGCAAACUAAGGGGAGCAAGAAGGAUGGGGAGCGGCGCUGGGGAGAAAGGCUGGGCUGAGAGGCGAUCGGUGCUCUUUCCCUUCCUGCUGCCUUUGUUCUGCCCGGCGGCGCUCUCUGAGCAGAUCCGCUACAGGAUUCCCGAGGAAAUGCCCAAGGGCUCGGUGGUGGGGAACCUCGCCAAGGACGUGGGACUGAGUGUCCUGGAGUUGCCAACUCGAAAACUGCGCGUCAGUUCGGAGAAGCCUUACUUCACUGUGAGCGCAGAGAGCGGGGAGUUACUUGUGAGCAGCAGGCUAGAUCGGGAGCAGAUAUGCGGGAAGAAGCCAGCUUGUGCUCUGGAGUUUGAGGCUGUUGCUGAAAACCCAUUGAACUUUUAUCACGUGAAUGUGGAGAUCGAGGAUAUUAAUGACCACACGCCAAAAUUCAUGCAAAAUUCCUUUGAGCUGCAAAUAAGUGAGUCUACACUGCCGGGCGCGCGAUUUAUAUUAGAAGUAGCGGAAGAUGUAGAUAUUGGCUUAAACUCUCUGCAGAAUUAUAAACUCUCUCUUAGCCCUAGCUUUUCAUUGAUAAAUAAGGAGAAACAAGAUGGUAGUAGAUACCCGGAACUGGCAUUGGAGAAACCCUUAGACCGGGAACAACAGAGUUAUCAUCGUUUAGUCCUGACUGCCUUGGACGGCGGAGAUCCACCCCUAAGCGGCACAAUUGAGCUCCGCAUCCAGGUCACUGAUGCCAAUGAUAACCCUCCUGUAUUCAACCAGGACGUAUACAGAGUCAGCCUUCGAGAAAACGUGCCCCCUGGCACCGCUGUGCUGCAGGUGUCAGCCACUGACCAGGACGAGGGUGUUAACUCAGAAAUCACUUAUUCCUUCUACAGGACCGGGCAAGUCUUCGGUCUGAAUUCAAAGAGCGGAGAAAUUACAACUCUAAGGACACUGGAUUUCGAAGAAACCAAGGAAUAUUCUCUAGUGGUGGAAGGGAGGGAUGGCGGAGGACUGGUUGCACAAUGUACGGUUGAAAUUAACAUUCAAGAUGAAAAUGACAACAGCCCAGAAGUUACAUUCCAUUCUCUAGUGGAAAUGAUUCUGGAAAACGCAGUGCCUGAAACGCUAAUUGCUUUGAUCAAAAUACAUGACCAAGAUUCCGGGGAGAACGGGGAGGUUAAUUGCCGAUUAGAGGGUGAAGUCCCUUUUCAGAUAAUCUCUUCGUCCAAAAACUCAUAUAAGUUGGUAACAGACGGGACCCUGGACCGAGAGCAGACUCCAGAGUACAACGUCACCAUCACAGCCACAGAUAGGGGCAAGCCGCCCCGCUCCGCCAGCCUAAGUGUCACCUUGCAUAUCACUGACGUCAACGACAACGCUCCGGUUUUCCACCAGGCCUCCUACGUGGUCCACGUGGUGGAGAACAAUCCUCCCGGCGCCUCCAUCGCUCAAGUCAGUGCCUCCGACCCCGACCUGGGACCCAACGGCCGCGUCUCCUACUCCAUCUUGGCCAGCGACCUGGAGCCGAGGGCGCUGUCGUCCUACGUGUCGGUGAGCGCGCAGAGCGGGGUGGUGUUCGCGCAGCGCGCCUUCGACCACGAGCAGCUGCGCGCCUUCGAGCUGACUCUGCAGGCCCGCGACCAGGGCUCGCCCGCGCUCAGCGCCAACGUGAGCCUGCGCGUGUUGGUGGGCGACCGCAACGACAACGCGCCCAGGGUGCUGUACCCGGCGCUGGGGCCCGACGGCUCGGCGCUCUUCGACAUGGUGCCGCGCGCCGCGCAGCCUGGCUACCUGGUCACCAAGGUGGUGGCGGUGGACGCCGAUUCGGGACACAACGCCUGGCUGUCCUACCAUGUGCUGCAGGCCAGCGAGGCCGGGCUCUUCAGCCUGGGGCUGCGCACGGGCGAGGUGCGCACGGCGCGUGCUUUGGGCGACCGGGACUCGGCGAGACAGCGCCUGCUGGUCGCUGUGCGUGACGGGGGACAGCCGCCUCUUUCGGCCACCGCCACGCUGCACCUGGUUUUCGCUGAUAGUCUACAAGAGGUCCUGCCAGACCUCAGCGACCAACCCGUGCCCUCUGACCCCCAGGCUGAGCUGCAGUUUUAUCUGGUGGUGGCCUUGGCCUUGAUCUCCAUGCUCUUUCUCCUGGCAGUGAUUCUGGCCAUUGCCCUGCGCCUACGACGCUCCUCCAGCCCCGCUGCCUGGGGCUGCUUUCAGCCUGGUUUCUGUGUCAAGUCCGGACCUGUGGUUCCCCCCAACUACAGCGAAGGGACUUUACCUUAUUCCUACAAUUUGUGCGUUACGCAUACUGGAAAGACAGAGUUUAAUUUUCUAAACUGUAAUGAGCAGUUGAGUUCAGGACGAGACAUACUUUGUGGUGAUUCAUCUGGGGCCUUAUUUCCGCUUUGUAAUUCCAAUGAGUCGACUUCACAUCCUGAAACUCUAUCCGUGGUGAGUUCCAUUUAAGUUCUACUCCUUUUCAUCAUCUACCUAGUUGUCCACAUUUAUAUGAAAAUAUAUUACAUUUCCAAGUCUAGUAAGUUGUCUUAGGAAUAUUAUAGUCCAUCAGAAAGCUGUACUUCCAUUCUUCAAGGGGAGUAGUGAAUGGGAGUAGUUAUGUGACAAAAAAUAGUUAUCUUACUGAGUUUGGAUUUGGAAAGUAGUGAGAGUGUGCUCUUUGCUUCAGAACAAAAGUAUUGUACCAUUUUCUUAUCUCUUUUUCAAAGCUCAUGAAAUUUACCCAUUGAUUGUCUCAUUCUUUAGUAACAUACUUAAAUUUUUAUCAUAUGGACAUAGACAUUAAAUUUAAAGCAAGCAAUCAUUUAAUUCAUCUUUUAAAACAAAGACACUACUACUAGGUAUUUCCUGCACUGAUUUCACAGUACA